AUGGUCUGCUCAGUAUAUGUGUUUCUAACGUUUCUUCUACUCACUACAGUUGUCGACGCGAAGCCUCUAGCAGAGCUCUUCGAAACUUUAAUGAAGAAACAUACCGAAAUCAAAAAUCAGCAAUUGAUGCAGUUUAUCUCGAAGGCCGUACCGUACGGUAUUGAUCCGCCAAACCCGAAGAUUGCCGAAUAUGAAACCUUCAAAUCAGACAAAUCAGCGAAUUUCUUGCGUGACGGCAAUGGUAACCUCCAUUUCCGACAGUUCAGGCGACUACGGCUCAGCGAUGUACUGCAACGUCGAGGCCGCAAUGGAAUCUGA